AUGGCGGAGUCGCUGCCCCUGGAGAUACUCACAUAUAUUCUGAGCUUCCUGCCUCUGUUAGAUCAGAAAGAGGCCUCCCUUAUGAGUCGGGCUUGGUACUGUGCAGCCCAGAAUGCCCUUUGGGAGACAAAUGUGCGAUACAACAUCCCUGUGUCUUCUGCCUCCCUCUCGGCCAUCAAGAGCCUGGGUCACAGGGGCAUCUCCUGCAUCAGUCUGACCAACCUGGAUGGCUCACCAGCUUCACACUGGGUGCUGCAGUCUAUUGCCUACCACCUAGGCCCACACCUGCAGAGCUUGUGCCUGAGCACGGACAGCCCCACAGAGGCCUCCUUUGUGGCCCUGAUCCUGGGCUGCCCGGCCCUGCGUAUCCUUGACCUCAAUGGCUGCAACAGCCUCUUCACAUCAGGCAUGCUGCUGGCUCAGCCCAAGAUGGCACAGAGCAUCCGGCAGGCCUUGAGCGGCCUCCGGGAGCUUAACCUGGCUGGCCUGCGGAACCUGGCUGACCUCAGCUUCAACCAGCUCAGCAGCUGUGCCCCCAGCUUGGAGCACCUCUCCUGGGCUUAUUGCCACCUCAUGUUUGAGCUAGGUCCAGCCCUGGGCUCCGUUGGCCCCCAGAACUCCUCCCCCUCCCACCUCUCCUUCAGCAACCUGCUGCGAUUCGCGAAGGAGCGGGCUGGCAGUCUGCAUGCCCUGGAUCUGAGUGGCACUGGCUUGCCAUCCAAGGCCUUGCAGGCUUUGGGCCAGGUAGCUGGGCUGCAGCUGCAGGAGCUGAGCCUACACAGCUGCCAGGACCUCUCCACAGAGGCUGUGGCCACUCAGUGCUGCCAGCAACCAGGCCUUACCUCCCUGGACCUCAGUGGCUGCUCAGAGCUGACAGAUGGGGCACUGCUGGCUGUGAGCUGGAGCUUGCGGCACCUGCAGCACCUGAGCCUGAGGAAGCUGCAGUGGCUGAUGGAUGCGGGAUGCACAGCCCUGGGGGUCCUGCAGGAGUUGCAGAGCCUUGACAUGGCCGAGUGCUGCCUGGUGAGUGGGCGGGAACUGGCCCAGGCCCUGGGCUCAGUGCAUGGAGCUCCACCCCCAUUGACCUUCCUCAGCCUGGCUUACUGCUCUUCACUGAAGGAUGCUUCAGUGCUCUCCAUGAUCCCAGCGCUGGGCCCAAGCCUCAGGGUGCUAGACUUGUCCUCCUGUGUGGCCUGCACCGACCCGACUGUGCAGGCCAUCUGUAACCUCACCCACCUCUCAGUCCUGAGCCUGGCUUGGUGCAAGGAACUCCGUGACUGGGGGCUUCUCGGGCUGGGUGAACCAAGCGAGGAACCUGUUCAGGGGUCCCAGCCACGCCCAGAGCUGGAGAAUCAGGCCUCAGGCCCCAAGGACACCUCUCCCAAGCCACAGGGCCCCUCCCUGCUCAUGCUGCAGGCCCUGCAGGAGUUGGACCUUACAGCCUGCAGCAAGUUGACUGAUGCCAGUUUGGCCAAGGUGCUCCAGUUCCCCCAGCUGAGGCAAUUGUCUCUGAGCCUGUUGCUGGCACUCACAGACAGGGGCUUGGUGGCCGUGGCCAGGGGCUGCCCCAGCCUGGAGCGCUUGGCACUGAGUCACUGCAGCCAUCUCAGCAAUGAGGGCUGGACCCAGGCAGCCAGGUCCUGGCCGAGGCUGCAGCACUUCAACCUGUCCAGCUGCAGUCAGCUCACAGAGCAAACCCUGGAUACCAUCGGGCAGGCGUGCAAGCAGCUCCAGGUGUUGGAUGUGGCCAUGUAUCCUGGCAUCAACAUGGCCGCUGUUAGGUGCUUCCAAGCCCAACUGCCCCAGGUGACCUGUGUCCAAUCCCGCUUUGUGGGAGGGGCUGACCUGAAUAUAAUGCUCUAA